AUGUCCCACAGCCACCUCAACCCCGAAGCAACCCCCUUUCUCCCCGCCAUCACCUCCCUCCCCACCCUCCCCGACGCCGCCCUAAUCUCGACUCUGGACCUCCUCUUCGAACCCUCUCCGGAACUCCACGCCCUCGCCCUCCCAACUCUCCGAACCAUCUCCUUCUCCUCCUACCCCGACCUGAUCUCCACCAUCCGUGACGAGCUCCUCGCCAUCGCCAACGCCGUCGCCGACCCUUCCGUCCCCGAAACCGAAAAAGAAAACAUCAAGCGUCCACUACACGCGAUACUAGGUAGUCAUCCCAGGCUGGGCGAGCCGAAGAAGGAGACGCUGUCGGCGCAGAGUAAGAAGGAGCAGGCGCACUUGAAUGCUGCGGGCGACUCAGAGGAGGUGAAGGAGGACCUGAGGAAGUUGAAUAAGCAGUAUGAGGAGACUUUUCCGGGGUUGAGGUAUGUGGUUUGGGUGAAUGGACGGCCGAGGACGGAGAUUAUGGUGGAUAUGAGAACGAGGAUUGUGAGGGGGGAUUUGAGGGCGGAGGAGAGGGAGGGGAUUAAGGCAAUGUGCGACAUCGCGGCCGACCGAGCGGCCAAGCUCCUCAAGUCCGCCCAGGAGGCCGUUGAACAUAGCAGCGCUUAG